AUGAGCCUGACUAUGAGGAGCAUAGCGAUCGGUACGAUAAUUAUGGCUUGUUCGCCGUUUUUCGCGUAUAGUUUCCCGGAUGGAGCACCGGUCGACACUUGUGUCAAACCGUCCAAGGCCAACGAACCGAAUCAUGGCCAAGCGAGGUCGCAACCCGUGCAAACCAGCCCUUACGCCUUCAAAAUUAAAAAAUAAGAAAAAAAAUGAAAACUUUUCCAGCCAACGUAUCGGUUUUCAGUGACCAUCAGCGGUUCGUCGUUCAAGGGAUUCUUCCUGCAGGCGCGUGACCCCGAUACAGACAACUGGAUCGGUUCCUGGGCACAGACAGAGAACACAAGCACCCAUCCAGAGUGCAGCGCCGUGACGCAUGCCGAUCCUUAUGUGAAACAGCACGCCACCCUCAUCUGGAAUGCUCCGCCGAACGCACGUGGACGCGUGUACUUCACCGGCACCAUUUUGAAGGAGUACGCGAAAUAUUGGUCCAACGUGGUAGCCACAACGAAGAACUGA